CUUUGUAUCUGCAUGCUACACAAGCGCGGGGUUAAACCAUCUCCACCUCAGCAACAACCUUGAUCCACAACCUACUACAUCAACGACCUACAUCAACAACCCAUUCCCAUUCGCCAAAAUGGUCAAUUUCUACCUCGCCUACACGUCCCCCAUCAACCCACCCUCUGCCACCCCCGUCCUCACAGUCCCCCAGGUCUGGGCCGGGCUGCAGCGCAAGAUCCGCUUCGCGCAGGAAUUCGUAUCGGCCAUCACGUCCUGCGAGGUCCUCUCCGAAGAAGACGGUGUCGUGACGCGGGUCGUGCAGUUCAAGCCAGGGAUGGGCGCGGCGCCGAGCGCGAAGGAGGUGGUUACGAGUUUCGGGAAUGCGUGGGUCGAGUUCAAGCAAGAAGACGGCUCCAUCAUCCGCAAUCUGAUCUCAGACGGGCCCGCCGGCACAGUCGAGGAUCUCCACAUGACGUACAUGUUCGAGUGGUUGUUCCCCAAUCUCGAAGAGGGGAGUGCGGAGGCGGAAGAGCAGUUCAAGAAGUCGAAAGCUAUGGCGAAAAUGGCUGUUGAUGGGUCUAUUAACACGAUUAGGGAGAUGGUCAAGGACGGCCGCAUCAAGUGAGGCAUCCAUUUCGCAGAUGCCCAAUUCAUGAUUUCGGGGGCUUUACUUCUUAUGCGAACUUUUCUGAUCAGGCGUGCGGUGGCCUUUCGGACGGAGAGAGGCCAGCACUGAGUACGCAAUGAUUUGCAAAGACGAAAAAUGAUGCCCUAGGCCUCAAUUUUUUUUGCAGUCAAUCAUUACGAUUACAUAGAGGCUUCUAUACACCAAAUGCAGCUCAAAACCUAUACCCAAAUUCUCUACUAC